AUGGAGAUAGAAGUGAGCAUCAUCAGUGCGAAAGGUUUACGCAACGCAGAUGAUGGAUGGCUAUCUGGCAAGUCGGAUCCAUACUGCAUUUGCAAGGUGAGUGGCCUACUUAACCAUUCGAACAGGACAAAAUUUAAGACGCACUGUCUUCAAAAUACACUCAAUCCGGUUUGGAAUCGAACAUCUAUUCUGGAACUGGACUCACGAAAACUCCUGGAAUUUGAAGUCUGGGAUGAAGAUGCGUGCUCUGUUGACGAUUUUCUGGGCAAAGCUACUUUUCACUCGAAAAGGCUUGUUCCUGACGAAGUUUUCGAGGGAGACUUGAAACUCACAGGUGCACUUGCACAAGGUAGCAUACGAGUUCGCAUCAAAGUGCUGAAAACAUAUGACUACGGCUUGAUGUCAACGUUCUGUUGCUGCAGGUCAUGA